AAGGCAGAAUGGAAUGAGACUAUAUCAUUUGUCUGUGUUUGGACAUUAUAUAUUGCUGUUGGCAUUUUAGGCUGCUAUGUGACAUAGUUGGAAGAUGCAAACAGAAUUCUACACUCACAGGGACACUCUUUCAUAAAAUGAGGCUUACAAAGUCUAUUUGGCUUGUUUUUAAAUCAAAUCAGUAACAGAUUGAGCUGUAGCCACAAAGUCAUAACUCUUUCGUUCCCCACUCAUUCCUUUCGAUUCCCCUCCUUGUCUUAGGGUAAUGAGUCCAUAAAAGGCCAAAAUAAAGAAGAGAAGGAGAAUGACAAAGACACUCCCUCUCUCCUCCUUCCUUCUUUUCUCUCCCUAUUUCUGCCUCUGACUCUCUUGCUCCAGUUUGGCUUCUGCUCCUUUCUCCCAUUAGCUGCAGCCGUCCUUCCUUCCUCUCAAAAUCUCAAUUUCUCCACCCAAAAUGGGCUGCUUUGGGAACAGGAUGACUGAGGAAGAGCGCCAGGAAGAGAAAGAGCGGAGAAAGGCCAAUGAGAAGGUCGAGAAGCAACUGGAGAUGGACAAGGAAGUCUUUAAGGCCACACACCGUCUCCUCUUGGUGGGCUUAGAGGACUCUGGCAAAAACACCUUGAUCAAACAAAUGAAAAUCUUGCAUGGGGAUGGAUUUAGUACCGAGGAGAAGAAAAUGAGAACCCAGGACAUUAAAAACAAUAUCAUGGAAGCUAUAAGUACAAUAGUCAUAAAAAUGUGGUGCCUGGAACCCCCAGUGGAGCUGGCGAACCCAGAGAACCAGUUCCGGAUUGACUAUAUUUUGAAUGCAAGCAGCCAGCGAGAUUUCGACUUCCCACCCGAAUUCUACGAACAUACGAAAGCCCUUUGGCAAGACGAAGGUGUGAAAGCUUGCUUUGAGCGCUCGCACGAGUAUCGCUUGAUUGGUUGUGCACAGUAUUUUCUAGACAAGAUCGACAUCGUCAAGGGAGAGGAAUAUACGCCAUCGGACCAGGAUCUUCUCCGAUGCAAAUUUCGGAAAUCCGGGAUCCCUGAAACCAAGUUUCAAGUGGACAAAGUAUAUUUGCAUCUGUUUAUUUUUGAUUGGGGACGGAAUCACCAAAGGUGGGUACGUCAUUUUGAUAAUUUGACGGCUAUUCUCAUGAUGGUGGACAGCAGUAGCUGCAAUUGCUUACUGAAUUAUCAUGGGGACAUGAAGCUUAAGGAAGAAUUAUCUUUUUUCAAGUCUAUCAUAUUCAGGAGAGAGUUGAAGAAGCUUUUCAGUCCUUGGCUAAAGACCUUUACGUACAUUGUUUUCCUGAACAAACAGGAUUUGCUAGCAGAGAAAGUCUUGGCAGGGAAAUUUAAACUGGAAGACUACUUCCCAUACUUUGCUCACUAUACCACACCUAAGGACACAAUGCCGGAGCCUGGUGAAGAUGGUCUAGUUACGAAGGCCAAGUAUUUUAUCAGAGAGGAAUUCCUUAGAAUAUGUUAUCUUGAAAACCACAGCUUCUAUUGUCACUUUACAUGUGCAGUGGAUGCAGAAAACGUUCAGAGGGUUUUCAAUGAUUGUGGGGAUGUGAUUCAACGGAUACACUUUGGCCAGUACAAGUCCUUGUGAAGGAGAUCAUUUAUUAGUUUUGGACGCCUUAUUGAGAAAAGCAAAGAAAAUCCCUGCCCACAUAAAGUGGAAAAGAAUGAUGGCAAUCUCCCUCUUACUUGCAUCCCUGAACUUUUCCUCCUUCCUGGACAAAGAGCAGCAUUUCAAAGCUUCGAGCCAUUGUAAUGUCAUACGCCAAUUCUGCAAGGAGCAGACCAAAGAAAGUGGCAAUACACAGACCAAGUUGGAAGAGACCCUGAGGGCCAUCUGAUCCAUCCCCAUUCUUCCAGGCAUGAAAACACCAUCCAAGCCCUCCCUACAGAUGGUCAUCCAGGCUCUGCUUAAAAGUCCCCAGAGAAGGAGGAACAUCCACUGGGCUUCCAGGCAACAUUAUAUUCCACUGCCAAACAGCAAUUACUGUCAGGUGCUUGGGUUUGGUCCUCUGCCUCUGAAUGUGACUUUGGAGUGGAAGCACUGAGAAUUUUUUACAAGAAACAGAGGUAGUUCAAAACCAAGGUCAGAACUUCAGAAAGGUGUUGUACUUUGGAGGUUUUAAGAGGAGCCAGGAUAUUGCAAAAUGAACUUCAUUAUGGCUUGUGAAUGCAGAAAGAGUUAACCACACACUCACUGUUCUUACUGCUGAUCCUCUCUGAUAUAUAUUUAUCUUUGUAUCUAUAGCUAUAUCUUUAUUUGUAUGUUUAUCUGUAAAAAUUAAAAUGUACUUAUUAAAACAAA